UCCGGCCCUCGCCUCCGGCCCGGCAUCGUUCGCUUCCCCGAAGCCCUUCGCCCCGACAGCCUCUGGCCUGGCGGCUCCUCUUGCCCUUGGAUGGAGGGCUCCGAGGAGCUGGAGAGCAGCCUCUUGACACAGCCCUGGGCUUCUGUUUGCUUUGGCGAGUCUGCUUUUCUUGCCAAAGCAAGCUUCAGGGAUACUGGCUACAUCUUGCUGAUCUCUGACCUCAGCAGUGUCUGGUACGAGAGUGCAGAUGCCGAGGCUGUGAGACAAAGGUCCAAGGAGCUGAACAAGCGGCUGACAGUCCACGUGUCCUCCUUCCUACACCGCUUGCGCAACCUGGUGUGCCCCUUACUGGCAGGGCAGCUGGACACCGCCACCUCCUUCUCCUGCCACCACACUGCCAGUGGCCUCAAGCUGCACCUGAAGAGCGAUCUCUCAGGACUGCCCUUGUACUGGGACUUCCACUGCUGCCCUGCUCCUGUGGACAUGGUGUCCCGUCACCUUGUGCGGCCCCUGAUUCGGAUGAGCCUGGCACUUCAGUACCAGGUGCAGGAGCUGACCUCCCUGCUGAUCCAGAAAGAUGCUGAGAUCGAAGACUACAGGGAGAGUGGGGCCACUCUCAGCAGAGACCGCUUGCGGACAGAGCCCUUCCAGGAGGAGAUGUUUCAGCAGAACUUCAUGGCUGAGAGCCUGCCCCAGAUCUGCGGUGCGGGAGAAGGGCAGGCAUUUGCCUCUGCUCUGCAGCAGCUCUACACAGCAGUGACGCAGCAGGAGGCCAAGCAGGCUCGGAAACGGCACCACUCAGAGGACACCGAGGGCCCUGCACCUGCUGCAGAAACCACAGUGCACCCCCAUCCGCCACCUCCAUCCCAGGAGGAUGAAACAGCAUCUUCCAGCGAGGGAAACACACCAACUUCAUCCCCAGCUCAGAAGCUUCGGCUGCCUGUGGCCAAAGCCAAACCGAAGAAGGCGAAGGGGCUUUUCAGCUGAAAGGUUGCUGCCAAGAGAGGCAGUGCAGAACACCCAUGCAUCCUCUGCCUCUGCUCCUGCGUUUCCUGAUGGACCCUGCCCUCCCGAGGUGUUUCCAGCCAGGG